CUCUGCAUAUUCAGUGGUACUUCUAAUUUAGCAUGCAGAUCUGGGGUCUUUGAGUGUUUUUUCUUUUCUCAACAUUGGGGACUGGAAUGUGCUUUAGAGCAGGUUUUGGUUUCUUCUAGAUGAUAAUUCUAAUGUUUAGAACACUUGGUUUUGGUUUUUGUUUAGGAUCUGAAGUUACUAGAGCAUUUAUUUAUUUAUUUAUUUAUUUUACUUUUCACUUUUUUGUAAAUUUAGUAGUUGAACUGCUUCGACUGUUUGUUUCUGAUCUUGUAAUUCACUUCACAAUCUAUGAAAUGGGGUAUGCUUUUGAAGAGAAUUUGAGUUCUUUGUCUAGUCAUUUCUCUCAAUGUAGAAUUCAAGUCGGUCUCUUUCUUCUUGGGAAGCCAAAAAGGGGGAAAACAGGAGAGAAGAUUGUGUUCGGAUAAUAUAAAGUACUACAGAAAUGAAAAUAUGAAGGCUGGUGAAGUUUACUCCAAAUUCAAUUGCCAAUAUCUCAUUCCUUACAGAAAACAACUCUCCAUGAAGUUUCAAUCUACUUCAGUGACUUCUUUACUUUUUGUCAUAGUAAUCUUUUUUCCUUUGGCUAUUGCUGAUCUAAGUUCAGACAAGCAAGCCCUUCUUGAUUUUGCUAAUGCUGUCCCUCACCGGCGAAACCUCAUGUGGAAUCCAUCCACCUCAGUAUGCACCUCUUGGAUAGGUAUCACUUGCAAUCAGAAUGGAACUCGUGUUGUCACUGUUCGGCUCCCUGGAGUAGGACUAGUAGGUUCCAUUCCAUCCAAUACACUUGGAAAGCUUGAUGCUGUGAAGAUCAUUAGCCUUCGCUCCAAUUUACUCACUGGAAAUCUCCCUGCUGACAUUGCUUCUCUUCCUUCUCUUCAGUAUCUUUACCUCCAGCAUAACAACCUUUCUGGUAACAUACCUACCUCGUUGUCAUCCCUACUCGUUGUACUCGAUUUGUCGUAUAAUUCCUUCACUGGUGUUCUUCCGAAGACAUUUCAGAAUUUGUCACAGUUAACUAGUUUGAGUCUCCAGAACAACUCACUGUCUGGACAGAUACCUGAUCUCAAUGUCACUCAGCUCAGGCUUUUGAACUUAAGCUACAAUCACUUGAAUGGCUCUAUUCCUAAGGCUCUUCAGAUUUUUCCUAACUCUUCCUUUGAAGGAAACUCUCUUUUAUGUGGACCACCUCUAAGGCCAUGCUCUGUGAUACCUCCAGCUGUGACUCCACCUGCAUCGCCAUCUCCUGGAAGGCGAAGCUCGAGAAACAAGUUGAGUAAGAUAGCUAUCAUUGCCAUUGCUGUUGGAGGAGGAGUGGUGGUGUUCUUUGUUGCUCUUGUUAUUGUUAUUUGCUGUUUGAAGAAGGGGGAUGAUGAGAGAAGCUCCGAUGUAAGUAAAGGGAAGGGUACGAGUGGUGGUAGGGGCGAGAAGCCGAGAGAAGAGUUUGGAAGUGGGGUUCAAGAGCCUGAGAAGAACAAGCUGGUUUUCUUUGAGGGGAGUUCUUAUAAUUUUGACCUUGAGGAUUUGCUGAGAGCUUCAGCUGAAGUUCUGGGAAAGGGUAGUUAUGGUACUGCAUACAAGGCCAUACUGGAGGAGUCAAUGACUGUUGUGGUGAAAAGAUUGAAGGAAGUUGUGGUAGGCAAGAAGGACUUUGAGCAGCAGAUGGAGAUCAUGGGAAGAGUUGGACAACACUCAAAUGUUGUGCCACUUCGUGCUUAUUAUUAUUCAAAAGAUGAAAAGCUUUUGGUAUAUGACUAUCUCCCAAGUGGCAACCUACACACACUCUUGCAUGGUGGUAGAACAGGUGGGAGAACUCCAUUAGACUGGGACUCCAGAAUCAAAAUAUCCCUUGGAACAGCCAAAGGACUAGCUCACAUUCAUUCUGUUGGUGGUCCAAAAUUCACACAUGGAAACAUCAAGUCCUCAAAUGUGCUCCUCAACCAAGAUCAUGAUGGCUGCAUUUCUGAUUUUGGCCUUGCUCCCCUUAUGAAUGUUCCUGCUACCCCUUCUAGAGCUGCAGGUUAUCGUGCUCCGGAAGUGAUUGAAACCCGAAAACACUCUCAUAAAUCUGAUGUUUAUAGCUUUGGUGUCCUCCUCCUUGAAAUGCUUACAGGGAAGGCUCCUCUCCAAUCUCCAGGACGUGAUGACAUGGUUGAUCUCCCUAGAUGGGUGCAGUCUGUUGUUAGGGAAGAGUGGACAGCUGAAGUUUUUGAUGUGGAGCUCAUGAGGUACCAAAACAUUGAGGAAGAAAUGGUGCAAAUGUUGCAAAUUGCCAUGGCCUGUGUGGCAAAGAUGCCAGAUAUGAGACCUAGCAUGGAUGAUGUAGUGAGGAUGAUUGAAGAGAUUCGGCUAUCUGACUCAGAGAACCGGCCUUCUUCUGAAGAAAACAAGUCUAAGGACUCAAAUGUUCAGACUCCAUAGACUAACACUACCUUUUGGUUAACCAGGAAGUGACAAUAAAAUGGUAUAUAGGAGUGCAUGCUUGGUCAAGGCUUCUCAAGCUGUGUUCAAACCUUUUUCUGUCCAAUUGUUCAAUAUUUCUCACAGGAUGUUGUUCCUUUAGUUAUUUUCUCCUCUAGCUAGGAUGCUUUCCAUGAAUUCUUAUGUAUUAACAUCAUGAUUCAAUUAAUGAUCUUCAUUCAAGCACAUUUUGUCC